AGCAGUCCGAGUACAUCUGCUUGAUAAACACAAUAAACACUUAGACCCUUAAAAAAUAUUUAAUACUAUAUUUUUGUACCAGUGAAAUCGUUUUUAAUACUUAAACGUGGUUUUUAUUGUAUUUAUAAAAACUAUUUGCGUUCAACCAGAAAACUUACUAGACGAGAGAGGAAGCACCAUAAACAAUAAAGGAGAGAGACAUAGAGAACAAACAAAAAAACUAUCAAAUUAAUCGACUAUAUAUAUAUUUAUAUAUAUAUAGAUAAUUGGCCGGGCCAUCGCCGAAUCUUAAGUGUGUAUCUUAAAAAGAACUGCGACAAUCAGUCGAGGAUUUAAAUUGGAAUCGUCCGAGAGGGAGUAAAGAUUGCAGCCAGAGACCUUAGACUGUGAGAACUGUUUUUUUUAAUUUACGAAAAUCGCGAGCAGACGAAGAUCGGCAGCAAUCAUUUCGAGUGGUGAAAAUAUGCCCGCAAGUUUCUUCUCUGAAAUGGAUCGUACCAAUAGCAUCGGCGACGAUAGGGCCCUGCAGUUGGCUUUGGAACUCACGAUGAUGGGUCUGAAUGAUCCGCUGUCGUCGGUGUCCGAGCCUGAUAGCCCGACGGAUCCGCUCGGCUCGUUCGUAAGCCCAAUGACCAACCUAGGUCUCGACGAGGUCCGAUCGAAGAAAUCUCAAAAUAUGACUGAAUGUGUGCCGGUGCCCAGCUCCGAACAUGUGGCCGAGAUCGUUGGCAGACAAGGUUGUAAGAUCAAGGCGCUCCGUGCGAAGACGAACACGUACAUCAAGACGCCGGUGCGCGGAGAGGAGCCCGUCUUCGUGGUGACCGGCCGCAAGGAGGACGUAGCGAAGGCCAAGAGGGAGAUCCUGUCGGCAGCUGAGCACUUCUCCCAGAUCCGUGCCUCGCGCAAGAAUAACUUGGCCGGUUUGAAUUCAGGUGCUAGUACACCUCCAGGACCACCGGCCAAUGUGCCAGGACACGUAACGAUCCAGGUGCGUGUACCAUACCGUGUGGUAGGUCUUGUCGUUGGACCCAAAGGGGCAACCAUCAAACGCAUCCAGCAUCAGACCCACACCUACAUCGUGACACCCAGCCGCGACAAGGAGCCCGUCUUCGAAGUGACCGGACUUCCGGAAAACGUGGACACGGCUCGUAGGGAAAUCGAGGCCCACAUCGCCAUGCGCACCGGCAACGGCACUUCCAUUAACGGUAUCAACGGUUUGGGAAACUUAGAAGACACCAGCGAUAUCCUGACCAAUCUGUAUAAGACAGGAUUCACGUCGCUGUUUAACUAUAUGGAGCCGACAACUGACGCCUUUCCGAACAUGACCUCCUCCACCGGCAGCACCGGGGCUUUUUCUAGCUCCGGAUCAUGCUCUUCGAGUUCCUCGAGCUCCGGAGGCCGCGGCGACCUGGGGGCAAUCUGGAGUUCGAAUGACCGCGACGAGGGGCUCGGCGAUUCGCCAAGCUUUGAUAGCUCGACAGCCCUCUCCAGUAUCUGGUCAUACCCGAGCGUUGCGGCGCCUUCGCGUCCAUCCCCCGCGAACAGCACCAGCCCCGCCGACUCUCUGCUGAGCUCAGCCAAAUGCUUGGUCUGUGGCGAUGCCAAAGUCACCCACGCCCUUGUGCCAUGCGGCCACAACUUCUUCUGCAUGGAUUGUGCCAACCGGGUGUGCGACGCCAGCGAGGCUCAAUGUCCUGUUUGUUGCUUGCCCGCUGUCCAAUCUAUCCGCAUAUAUUCGCCCAACCCUUAAGCUGCCUAUCGAUCUCGCUCGAAUCCUCCACCGCGCCCAUCCACAUUCCCCGGGCCCGCGCCCCGUGUUCAGCCCGGCUUGGCUCGCGCAUCGCAAGCCAUCAACGGCGCUCACAACGAAACUUAUUACUACUAUAUUAAUAUAUAUAUACAUUAUUAUUAUUAUAAUUUUAUUUUGUUG